CUUCCCGAGAUGGUAAACACUAGAAGUGAAGCACAGUUCUAUGUCGUAGAGUUGUGUUGUUAGUGACAUGCCACACCGAGAAAGAUAAAUUCAUGAUAUUUAUGUUUAACUUAAAGUUAGAUAGAUAUGGACGUUUUGGUACUCGUGAGUGGGUUUGUUGUUGAAGAUUUGCCAAUCCUAGGAAUGGCAUGGGUUUUGGGCUGGCUAUAAGGCUGCGGCCUGCCGGGAUGAGUUACCAGUUAUGUAUUUCAGUUACAGUGUUAUUGCACUAUCAUGGAAACGAAUAAUCGAUUUAAGAUAUUGGAAUGAUUUGGAGUUUAACCCGAAGGCACAACUUAUAGGCAAACGUGUAUCUCUGUAUGAGAACACGAGCAGCAACCAAUCAUCAUCAUCAUUUGAAAGUAUUCUUUGACACCAAUAUCAUGGCUCAAUCAAGCUUCAAGCAUUAUCUUCGUUCCCUUCGGUGGACACCAAUUCCAGUUGGCGUUGGUUUGGCUUUGAUUGCCUUCCAGCAGUUCAGACACACCAGAAAGAGAGAAGCAGCAAGGCUGGGCCAGGUUGAUCCAUGUGACUGUCUGGCAGAUGAAUGGGAGGUUGAAGCAUACAAGUUAUUACCACUCAGACAGUUUUCAAAAGCAUGGGGCUGGGUGAACGGGCUUGAGCUUCCAGAAUGGUCGAGGAAAUCAGUUUUGGGUCUGUAUGUGCGAACUUUUGGUUGCAAUAUGGCUGAGGCUGAAGUAGAAGAUUUGGGUAAAUACAGGUGUCUGUCAGAACUGUUCCGGCGCUCCCUAAAGGAAGGCGUUCGCCCUAUUGACCCAUCAGCAGCUUUGGUGAGCCCAGCAGAUGGCAAAAUCAUGUCAUUCGGGACUGUGAACUGUGGUGCUCUGGAUCAGGUUAAGGGUGUUUCUUAUUCACUACGCAAGUUCCUGGGACCAAAUUGCUGGAGUGCAGGUGGUCCUAUGAUAGUGAGCAAGAAGGAUGAUGAUGACUGUUUCCACCGUACCUGCCUCUCAGAUGAUGAAAACAAUGCUCUCUACCAGUGUGUGGUAUACCUAGCACCAGGAGAUUAUCAUCGCUUUCACUCCUGUGUUGACUGGAAGGUGGCCUUUCGACGGCAUUUCCCUGGUGAAUUGCUCAGUGUGAACCCAUCUAUUGCUGCAUGGGUAAGGGACCUGUUUGUGCUAAAUGAAAGAGUCAGUUAUGUGGGGAAGUGGAAGUACGGAUUUUUCUCCAUGACAGCUGUUGGGGCCACCAAUGUAGGUUCCAUCCAAGUUUACUUUGAUGAGGAACUGAAGACCAAUGAUGCAUCAACAAGGAAAAUGGUCUUUCAUGAUAAGUACUUUGAUGAUAGAUUAGUAGAGUUGUCUAGAGGUAGUGCUUUUGGUGAAUUUAAUUUAGGCUCCACCAUUGUAUUGGUGUUUGAGGCUCCCAAAGGCACAAAAGCUUGUGUUGAAGUAGGGCAACAUGUAAGGAUGGGGCAGGCUCUAUUUAGAAUACCUCAUUCCUAUGUUGGAAAGACUUUAGAUGAAACAAAACAUCAGGGCCCACAGAGGUAAGUCUUGGUGAGAUUAUGUAGAAGAAAGGUUUUGUGUACAGAAGAAACUAUUUAUGGAGGCUCAAUUUUUAAUUAUAUAGCUAUGAAAUAUAAUUAAUACAUUGAAAUAUCACACUGGCUAAUGACACAGUUCAUAAUUUGAGUACAAAUACCUAGAGUUUUAUGGCAUAAUUUUUUAGUGAAAUAUUCUAAAAGAAGUAAUGACCUGAAGACUCAUAAUAAAUGGGACUUUCCAAAAAUUGUCAGAAGCAAAUAGUGUUUUUUCCUUGUCUUUUACUAUAGCCACAGUAUAAUUAAUUUUUGUUGAUUAAUUUGAACUAAAUAGCAUUAUCCUCUCCCCAAGGUUUAGAUUGAGCUAAGUCAGUGUAUUAAUUGUUGAUAUGAAAUCAAUACAUUUGUUUUUUUCUUAAUGUAUGCAUGAAUUUUUCCAUUUACACAAGAGACAACCAAUUUUUAUUGUUGUAUUUCUUGUCUCUUGACGAUCCCAGACUCUGGGUUUUCCUUUAGCAACCUCUUUCAUAAAGGAAGCUUGUGCUCAAUAUGAAAGUUGAAUUAUUCUCACUUGCAUCUUUCAUUGUGUAAAUACCAUCAGAAAACAUGACUAUCCAUUGUGGUGGGAUAAAUGCAAAGUUGACAGUGCCAAUCAGUUAAUUUGAAAAAUCAAAUUUAUUUUAUACCAAAACAGCAUUAUUUGCUAAUACUCAAGAAUGCUCCUAUCAUGUUUAUAAAUGUAUGAAAAUUAAGUUUUUUGUGCAUUUUAGUCACGUAUAGUAUGUGGUUGAUUUAUAAAUAUGUAAAUUAUUCAUUGGUCAGAUACUGAAAAAUUAAGGUAUCACUGAGUGUUGAAGCUCUUAAAUUUUUAUUGAUUUGAUUACUUUUUGUCUAUCAUUUCUAUUCUCUUAAAACUCCUUGCACUCGUUCUGAAUUUUAAAAAGGUCUGUGUUAGGCCUUACAUUCUCAUGUGAUCAAAAAGUUUAAACAUUUAGCAUAGAUGGAUUCAAAGAAACUUAUUCAUGGUGAAUUGAAAAUAAAAGUAUUGCUGUAAAGAAAUUUAUUGUAAUUUUUUAUAAGCAUUGUUUUCUGUCUAUUUAUGAGUGAAAUAUUGAAUUAUGUAAGUGUAUACCACCAAUAGGAAGCCCAUAAUACUUGAGUAAUGUAGUGUUAUUCAUUUCUAUUGUGGGUUAUAAAAGUCAGCAGGGGUCACCAAACUUUUUUGAGGAAAUAAUUUGGGUAUGUCAUAUAUUUAGGUGAUAGCCACAUGAAUAAUCUCAUGAUAUAACAAUACUUUUAGUACAUGAAGAGUAGAUAAUUUUCUGAAUAAUAAAUCCAUCAACUAUCUUGAAAAAAGAAGGUUAAUAGGUGUUUAUAUGGACCUCUUAAUGUUUGUUUGUUUGUUUGUUUGUUUUUUUAUUGAUUUUGAAAAUUUACAUUUUCAUGGGAACUCAAAGUUGUUACUUGCUCAAGGAAGCAUUUUUUUUCCCCUUUCUGUCUGUGUGUGUGUACGAAAUAUGCAUGCAUCCUAAAUGUGAAGAACUGAACAAGAGUGCUGUAAUGUUUUAAGAAUUUGAAGUGCAGCAGCAUACUGAUUUUUUUUUUUUCUGAUCAGAGUGAAUUAGUGCUCUCAGAUGCUUCAGUCCACUUCAAUCUUUUCAUGGCUUCUUGAGGUGAUUUUGGAAUUUAUUAAUGAGUGGUAAUUUGUACCAAGUGUAUUUCAUUUCAAGAAAACUUAUGUGUAGGAGAACAUGAACUGUCAGGUCAUUAUGCUUGUCUGAAUUUAUCUUAGGGUUCUGAGGCCUUUAUACAAGCCAUCUCUUCUUUCUUGACUGGCCAUCAGAAUAGUCCCUGGACUUGUAGGCAGUGUCUACUUUAGAUGCCUGGCUUCAAUAUGAGCAGUGUAAGGCAGCUGUAAGCAGUUGAUAAUCAUAAACAUUGGAGUGCUGAUUUUAUUAAAUUCUAAUUAAGAGUUGUUGCUUAGCAUGGUGAAACUGAUGUGAUCUCAAUCAUCUAGUGAUUUAAUAUUUUGUGUAGCUGUUUUUCCAUGAUGCACUUGUUAGCAGUGCUUUUGUCAUUAUUAUUCCACCCAAUAAGGCAAAUCAGGUUAUUAGAUUACAGACAAUUGUGUAGUUAAAAGUGUUAGGCCUUUCAUGUGUGAAAGUGGUGUUGCUGUGAAGCAUAUAGGCUAGUUUAGGCAUCUAAAUGAAUCAGGUAUUGGUUGGUAUGCAGUUAGAAAAUUAAAAAGAAAUUUAAAAACAGAGAAUUGUGUGAAUAAUUGUUUAAAUAAGAUUAUGUAAGUGGCUAAAGAAAAUUAUUGUUGGCAUACAAGCAUGUUAGACUUUUUAUCUUGAAUAUUCAAGAAUUGAUGUUGGGAUAUACAUAUUAAUACAUAUUGUGAUAAUGUAUAUAUUUGUACAGAAUUUUUUUUAUUAAAUCUUCAUACCAG